AUGAGCGGGGGCGCGUGGGGCGCCGCGGGGCCGCGGUGCCGGGCGGCGCUCGCGCUCGUGGCCUCGCUGUGCCGGGCCCGGCCGCCCCCUCUCGGGCUGGACGUGGAGACUUGUAGGAGCCUCGAGCUGCGGGCCCCGGAGCGGCGGCCGAGUGCGGCCGACGCAGGUGCCUCUGCCAGUCCCCUCAUCGUGGUGGUCAUCGUGUGUGGCGUGGCCCUGGUGGCAGUUUCUCUCUUUCUCUUUUGGAAGUUGUGCUGGACGCCCUGGAGAACCAAGGAAGCCUCUGGCCCCCCUCUGGCUAGUGCCCCCUCAGAAGUCCCCCAGAGCCCCUGCUCCAGAGGCAGCAUGGCGGACAAGCUGAAGGAGCCCGGCGCCCUGGGCUUCCUGGAGUCGGCUGUGAAGAUCAGCCACACGUCCCCAGACAUCCCCGCCGAGGUGCAGAAGUCUGUCAAGGAGCGCGCCAUGCGGCAUGCGCGGCUGCAGCGGCAGACCACAGAGCCCGCGUCCUCCACCAGGCACACAUCCUUCAAGCGCCACCUGCCCAGGCAGAUGCAUGUCUCCAGCGUGGACUACGGCACUGAGCUGCCGCCGGCAGCCGAGCAGCCCACCAGCAUUGGCCGCAUCAAGCCAGAGCUCUACAAGCAGAAGUCGGUGGAUGGGGACGACGCCCAGCCUGGGCCUGCCAGGAGCUGUGGGAAGAUCAACUUCAGCCUCCGCUAUGACUAUGAAAGCCAGACCUUGAUCGUGCGCAUCCUGAAGGCCUUCGACCUUCCGGCCAAGGACUUUUGCGGGAGCUCUGACCCCUACGUGAAGAUCUACCUCCUGCCCGACCGCAAGUGCAAGCUGCAGACGCGGGUGCACCGCAAAACCCUGAACCCCACCUUUGAUGAGAACUUCCACUUCCCGGUACCCCACGAGGAGCUGGCAGAGCGCAAGCUGCACCUCAGUGUCUUUGACUUUGACCGCUUCUCCCGCCAUGACAUGAUCGGGGAAGUCAUCCUGGACAACCUCUUUGAGGCUUCGGACCUGUCCCGGGAGACCGCCAUCUGGAAGGACAUACAGUACGCCACCAGCGAAAGCGUGGACUUGGGUGAGAUCAUGUUCUCCCUCUGCUACCUGCCCACAGCUGGCAGGCUCACCCUCACCGUGAUCAAAUGCCGCAACCUCAAGGCCAUGGACAUCACAGGGUAUUCAGAUCCCUAUGUCAAGGUGUCUUUGUUGUGUGACGGCCGGAGGCUGAAGAAGAAGAAAACCACCAUUAAGAAGAACACUCUCAACCCGGUCUACAAUGAGGCGGUCAUCUUCGACAUUCCUCCAGAAAGUAUGGAUCAAGUCAGCCUGCUCAUCUCGGUCAUGGACUAUGACAGAGUGGGCCACAAUGAGAUCAUCGGAGUAUGCCGAGUGGGGACCAGUGCCGAAGGCCUGGGCAGGGACCACUGGAACGAGAUGCUGGCCUACCCUCGCAAGCCCAUCGCACACUGGCACUCCUUGGUGGAGGUAAAGAAAUCCUUCAAAGAGGGGACCCCUCGGUUGUGAUUUCAUUC